AGCAUUAAGAACAUUCAAGGUACUAAAAAUGCCAAUUAUUGCAUUAAAACAGUUCUAACGACACAUAUAUCGUCGAUAGUGAUCUAAAUACGGUUAUAAUAAUUCAUAACAGGUGCCACUAAGUAUCACGACAACUAGAAUUUAUUACAUACAUAAAAAUGCAUACAUUAUUUAGCGAGCAAAAUGCAUAUUAUAGACACGCAACAGCCGUUCCUGUUGGGAUGGGAACUCCAUCAUAUCCAGGAGUGGGCGCUGCACCGGGAUAUUACGAACAAUAUCGUUACGGUGGCUAUGCGACGGCGGCAGGGUACCCAGUUUCAGGUAUAACCCAGCAACAUAUUCAUCAUCCUGGUAAGGAUAUGGUAAAACCUCCGUAUUCGUAUAUAGCUUUGAUCGCAAUGGCAAUACAGAAUGCGCCCGAUAAGAAGAUCACUCUGAAUGGCAUCUACCAGUUUAUCAUGGAACGCUUUCCUUAUUAUCGCGAGAACAAGCAGGGCUGGCAGAAUUCUAUCAGACACAACCUCAGUCUAAACGAAUGUUUCGUGAAGGUACCAAGAGACGACAAGAAGCCCGGGAAAGGAAGCUACUGGUCACUGGACCCGGACAGCUACAACAUGUUCGAUAACGGUUCUUAUCUCAGACGUCGUAGGCGCUUUAAGAAAAAGGAUGCCCUGAAAGAAAAAGAAGAAGCUCUGAAGAGACAAGGUUUAGUACCAGAAAAGCAACGUAAUCAAGAGGAAACAAAACCUAACAAUAUCGUCAUCCCGCCGCCGUCGGACGCUUCAUCCAAGAAGUUGGGUGCCAUGGAAACGACUUUAUGUAAACCGAAGAGAGAGCCAGUAAAUGACGCUGGAAGUCACUGUAUGGCUGUACAAGCGAAGUACGGUCUUCAUAGUCCUAUUCAGGACACAAAGACAGCAGUUACGACGACGACGGCCGUCGCAGCAGCUGGCCAAAGUGUUAUCCAAACCGCUCUGGGUCACCAAGUGCACCAAGCUCAUCAGGUUCACCAGGAUGCUAUUCAAGACGUAUCUAUGGGUCUAGAUCCUACUAGUUUUAGCGUAGAUGCUUUAAUGACGACACGGGAGAACAGCGCCGCCUUGAUGACCAGAGAGAAUCAGCAUCACACGCAUCAUCCACACGGUCUUCAGCAUCCUCACCCUCACCCUCACCCUCACCCUCACCCUCAUUCACACUCGAUCAUGACGAGCAGAGAGUCGAUGGGCACGGGGGUGGUGUCCAGGGACCACUUGCCAUCUGUUUGCACUACCACGACCACGACGACAGCCGCCGUCGCAGCAAUGAUGGCGACUACCGGAUACGGCCACAGCAGCAGUGUGUCCAGGAGCAAUGGUUCGCCGCCCGGAACCAUGUACGCGCCUUAUUGCACGCCCACAGCUGGUUACAUAAUGGAUCACGCAGAAUACAAUUCAAGAAACCAUAACAAUACCGCAGGACACUCGCAAUGGUACCAGGAGGCAGCCAGUCCCGACGCCGCAGCCAUUUAUCAGGAUACCCAAUCGCCGAGCUGUCAGCUUUACAGAUCCAGCCCACCAACUCCACUCUCGUCGAGUGCAGCUCCAUCUCCACCCUUGUAUCACCGGUACUAUCAAGACUGCAACACCGUCAACACUAGUGGCAAUCUACCUAUCACGUUGCAUAAAUACUGAGAAUACCGAAAUUCAAGGCCUCACCAUCGGGGCCUUGAAGAACAUCAUACCGAACACUAC